GCCAUCCAGAAACAAACCAGUUCGAUGACUACUAAUAGUUAUAGCCAGAUGUACUAAUACACAACAAAUCACAGUCCUGCAGAGGGGCGCGCAAAUGAGUUCCUAUUUCGUGAAUCCCACUUUCCCCGGGAGCCUGCCCAGCGGCCAGGACUCCUUCUUGGGCCAGCUGCCCCUCUACCCGGCCGGCUACGACGCGCUGAGGCCCUUCCCGGCCUCGUACGGCGCGUCGAGCCUCCCGGACAAGACGUACCCCUCACCUUGUUUCUACCAACAGUCCAACUCGGUCCUGGCCUGCAACCGGGCCUCCUACGAGUACGGGGCCUCGUGUUUCUAUUCUGAUAAGGACCUCAGUGGCGCCUCGCCCUCGGGCAGUGGCAAGCAGAGGGGCCCCGGGGACUACCUGCACUUUUCUCCCGAGCAGCAGUACAAACCCGACAGCAGCAGCGUGCCGGGCAAAGCCCUCCAUGACGAAGGCACCGACCGGAAGUACACGAGCCCUGUUUACCCCUGGAUGCAGCGGAUGAACUCCUGCGCGGGUGCUGUGUAUGGGAGUCACGGGCGCCGAGGCCGCCAGACCUACACGCGCUACCAGACGCUGGAGCUGGAGAAGGAGUUCCACUUCAACCGCUACCUGACGCGGCGCCGCCGCAUCGAAAUAGCCAACGCGCUCUGCCUCACCGAGCGCCAGAUCAAGAUCUGGUUCCAGAACCGCCGCAUGAAGUGGAAAAAGGAAAAUAAACUCAUCAAUUCCACACAACCCAGCGGGGAGGACGCUGAGGCAAAGGCGGGCGAAUAGACGCCUGGGCAGGGACCAGGCCCGCGCCGCAACCUCCCUUGGCUUUGCCCCCUUGCCUUCGCCUGCUCCCCAACUUUUCUUCCCGCCUGCUCUCAUACGGGGGGCUUUCGAAGCUUCAGGGGAGCCCGGCGCUUUGCAAACGCCUGAGCAUUUAUUUCUUACAAGGAAAAAAAAAAAAAA